AUGUCAAAGAGAUCCUGGUCCGUGGCAAACGCCGCUCAGGGUUUACUCGACAUGAACUCGAUCAAAUGUCUGAUGGACAAUAACGGAGAACCGCCAUGUCGACGCUGUAUAGAGCGAGGCCUUUCGUGUGUCUUGAACAAAAGUCUGCAAACCCUGAUCAGUGAACGAUCGCAAUGGAAAGAUGACAUGCAUCGCGACAUUUCAAACAUGCAUGGAGCUGUCCAAGACAUCCUGAAGAGACUAUCAAUGCCUGCACUACAACCACUAAAAGCACCCUCCACAACAGAAGAUCAACAAGAAACAUCACCCUACGACGAUACAGUGGUCGAAAAGGUCGAAGAUGUCGGACCUUCUUGCGACAAUUCUCCCAAACUACCACCACAGACCGAGUCUCUACAAAACGUGCCGAUCGAGUCGCUUUAUCAGAUCACGCGACUGCGUUCAUUACGAGCUGAAAACUCUGGAGACGAGAGUAAGGCUGAUGAAGGCUCGGACGUGGUAUCCAAAGGCAUUGUAUCUCUUGAAGAAGCCGAGAGAUUGACGGCUCUAUAUCUUGGACGACUGGAUCACUACGCCUACAGCAUUGCAAACAAAUUUUCUGAUUUGCAAUCUAUACGGCGGCGUUCAGUGGCAUUGACCAACGCAAUUCUGACUGUUGCUGCAUUGCAUGAUCCGAACAGCAAUCAACUAUUUGGACCUUGCUGCCGAGAGUUGAAAAGAGUGCUUUCGGAAUCCAUGUUUGUCCGCCGCAUUGACCGUGAAUACCUUCGAGCCAUGUGUAUCGGAUCGUAUUGGCUGAGCGACAUAUCAUACACGCUUUCUGGACAUGCGAUACGGCGUGCCAUGGGCAUCAAUCUGAGUUCAAACUACUACAGAGUCCUGGACGAUGGUUCGGAAGAUGCUGCGGACUGCCUUCGUCUAUGGUACUUGCUCUACAUCUGCGAUCAACAUCUGAGCAUUCUCUAUGGUCGCCCAACCACAAUACGAAUCGAUGACCCUAGUCUACAGGGCUGGGAGCGAUAUCUCGAAGUCCGCGUGGCGGUGGAGCAAGAUCGACGGACAGCAAGUCAGGUGGCAAUAAUGGUAAUCAUGGGCGCCAUCAGAGAGUUCUUCGAACGACACAGCAGGGACACUCAAACACUACCCCAAAGUCUGACCGAACACAUUGCCUCUUUUGACCGUCAAAUCGACCGCUGGGUCGAAACCUGGUUCCAACACCUGAGCGUCCUCCUCCACUCCAACCUCGCCCGCCUGCAUCUCCACUCCCACAUCUUCAGGGGCCUAGCAACCAGCCCUCUCCCCCACUACUUCCGGCACUCGGCCGCCAAAGCCGUCGACGCGGCAACAACAAUCGUCGAAGUCCUUCUCUCGGACCCAGAUAUGCGCGCAGGGCUAGUAGGCAUGCCACACUACCUACACACCAUGAUCGCCUUUGCCUGCGGCUUCCUCCUCCAAAUGACUACAAAGUAUGACGGCGACUUGGUGCAACGAACCGUAGUCCACGAUCUGAUUAAUCGUCUUGUUGGACAACUGCGUCUUAUGCCGACGGGGAAAUAUCAUCUAGUCAGAUUCAUGGCGGAAGGGUUGGAAAAGAUGGUGGAGGCGUCAAUGAGGACACCUACACAAGCCGCUGCGCAAUUGUUCAAUGGCGGCUUCCAGUACAUGAAUGAGAAUCAGUAUGGCAGGUCUGCUGAUCAGGGCAUGGCACAGCAGAUGGAUAUGAUGGCUGCCGGACCUCAAAACGACUUUGGAAACAUGGCCAGGGAUGAUUCGUUCAUGAUGCCAGACUUUGGGCUUGCGAAUUCCUUUUUGCCGUUUGAAGAUCCCGUGUUUAGGACUUCGGAUUUUGGUUAUCUCUAG